AGAGCUGCCGUGUUGUCGUCGCCCUCUGACAGGUGACGUCAGGGGGCGGCUGGCGUCAAAAGCGGCUAUCGUUAGCUGUGGAAGUGUUCGACCACUCACCCAACACUCGGACCAGAGCCUUCGCCACGGCGCCGGCCCACCCGGGCCCGGGGUCGUAGUACGAGUUGAAAAUGGCGUCGAUGAUAAAGACGCAAGGAACCCGUAGCGCCACAUCGAGCACCGCCAAGGCCUGCUGGCCUACGCGGGCUUGAGCCGACUCCAUUCGACUUAGGCGAAACGCUUAGAGUCCCCGCGGGUCCGGGACGUCCAUGAAACAUGAGAAGUCAUCCGCGCUCGUCGGACGCAGCCUCUCUUGGUCAGCUUAGCUUGGACUGGAGCUCACUUGGCAGCUGGGCGCAGCGUCCGCCAUGUUUGCGGGGUCCAACUUUCCAGUGGCUGGAGAGAGGGAAGUCUGGGCUUCCCUGCUUAGGCUGCUGCCCCCGCGAUCCGACCUCGGAUGAGAGGAAGAAGAUGGAUGGACAUCUUUUUAGACAAACGCAAGACAACAAAAUGAAGUGGCUGGAGAGAGGGAAGUCUGGGCUUCCCUGCUUAGGCUGCUGCCCCCGCGAUCCGACCUCGGAUGAGAGGAAGAAGAUGGAUGGACAUCUUUUUAGACAAACGCAAGACAACAAAAUGAAGUGGCUGGAGAGAGGGAAGUCUGGGCUUCCCUGCUUAGGCUGCUGCCCCCGCGAUCCGACCUCGGAUGAGAGGAAGAAGAUGGAUGGACAUCUUUUUAGACAAACGCAAGACAACAAAAUGAAGUGGCUGGAGAGAGGGAAGUCUGGGCUUCCCUGCUUAGGCUGCUGCCCCCGCGAUCCGACCUCGGAUAAGAGGAAGAAGAUGGAUGGACAUCUUUUUAGACAAACGCAAGACAACAAAAUGAAGUGGCUGGAGAGAGGGAAGUCUGGGCUUCCCUGCUUAGGCUGCUGCCCCCGCGAUCCGACCUCGCAUAAGAGGAAGAAGAUGGAUGGACAUAUUUUUAGACAAACGCAAGACAACAAAAUGAAGUGGCUGGAGAGAGGGAAGUCUGGGCUUUCCUGCUUAGGCUGCUGCCCCCGCGAUCCGACCUCGGAUGAGAGGAAGAAGAUGGAUGGACAUCUUUUUAGACAAACGCAAGACAACAAAAUGAAGUGGCUGGAAAGAGGGAAGUCUGGGCUUCCCUGCUUAGGCUGCUGCCCCCGCGAUCCGACCUCGGAUAAGAGGAAGAAGAUGGAUGGACAUAUUUUUAGACAAACGCAAGACAACAAAAUGAAGUGGCUGGAAAGAGGGAAGUCUGGGCUUCCCUGCUUAGGCUGCUGCCCCCGCGAUCUGACCUCGGAUAAGAGGAAGAAGAUGGAUGGACAUCUUUUUAGACAAACGCAAGACAACAAAAUGAAGCACGGGAUUCGACACCGGCAGAACUACUCGAAAGCCCAGCACAAACUCAAGUUAUAGCAAAGGAGAUGAGGAGAGCAGUGAGCAGCAGCGGUGCCACGCCCGGGAAUCAUUUGUGGUGAUCUAACCCCCAAUUCCAACCUUUGAUGCUGAGUGCCAAGCAGGGACGUAGCGGGUCCCAUUUUUAUAGUCCUUGGUAUGACUCGGCCGGGGUUUGAACUCACAACCUACCGAUCUCAGGGCGGACACUGACUAGGCUAUAAUGACAAUAGAGUCCAUUCUAUUCCAUUCUAUUCUAUUCUACACUACACGUCACAUCUUAGUUGAUUGUAGCAAUCCAUGCUCACCUUUGCAAUCACUCUUAAUUUUAGUUGUUUCUCGCGGCCAGAAAUAACUUUAGGAAUUUGCUAAAAGCUACUUUUAUUCCCCCCACCUCGAUUGUGACAGUUGACAAUAGGAAACGUUGUCGGUAUUCGGAAUAAGACUGAUUAAAAAAAAACUACGCCCAAGUCACUGACAUCUGGUGAAAUGUGCCAUUAUAUUCUUAUCAGUGACGGGGCAGGAAGGGGCUAGGAAUACGCUUGCAGGGUGAAAUUCAUACAUUGACUAUUUCCAU